UCCGCCCUGAUCCCCGGAUGUUCCUGCUCAAGAAUGCAAACUUUGCUCACGUGCGGCUAGCAGAGACGAACCAUUUUUCGUCGUCUUCAUCUCGUCGUCGUCGUCGUUGUUGUUGUUGUUGUUCUCCUGCCGCGGUGUGACGCGUCGACGUCGUCGGUGUGCGACGUUGGACGACUUGCUGGGAGGCUCCUCGCUACAUUCCAGGGCGCACCCUGCUUGUUCCCGGUCCCAAGUGGCAUCGCCUUGAAAGACAUGGCCGAGGGAGGCUUUGACCCGUGUGAAUGCAUCUGCAGCCACGAGUACGCCAUGAGGCGCCUCAUCAACCUGCUCAGACAGUCUCAGUCGUACUGCACAGACAACGAGUGCCCUUUGGAACUGCCCGGACCCAGCGGCGGGUCCCUCGGCGGCGCCGGCGCCGCGGACCUCAGCCUCCCCGUCCUUCUGAUGGGAUGGACGCUCCUGGCCGUAAUCCUCUUCCUGAUGCGGCCUUCGUCUCUCCGAGGGUCCUCCUCCUCCUCCGCUGGAAAACCCGGCCAAGAUCACCACAGAGGCGAACGAGGGCCACCGGCGCCACCUGUUGACUAGGAGAGGAAGUCUGGAAGUUGUUGGUCGCUGCACAGCCGACGGAGGCUGCCCCACGUCGGCCUGCCUUGAAAGAGAUUUUCUUACUUGGAACUCUCCUCGAGUGCCAAUAUCAUUUGGAAUAUUUUUUUUUCUUUUGUUUGGGCUCCCCAACUGAAGCAAAUAUUUUGAGGUCAGGCCAUCCGAAUGUUUGAAAGCAAAACAAAACGAUGUAUAUAAUAAUGUACGACACACUUCAUUUUGUGUGACGCUCAGCUUUUGAUGGGGGUUUUUUUUUUUUUUUUUGUAAUUACUUUAAGUUUACUUCUUUGAGUGAAGUACAUCCCGUAUUUGUGCGGCUCACUGCAAGCAAGGCAAAAAGAGGAAAUAUAUCAUUGAGAAAACAUGAUUAUUAUUCUUGUGAUUAUUGGACAAAGGGAAUUCUUGCAUAUUGACAGCAUUGAUCUUUUGGAGGUGUCGGGAGCCUCGAAAAAUGUGUUCUUUGCACAAUGUACUUUAGUUGUAUAAAUAAAUCAAGAUACUGCAGAUCAUCUUCAUGCAUGAUUGUCACUGUAAACUCGGUUUGGACAUCAUGGGCCUCAUACGCAAGACGUUUCUUGACUUAUUUUGCAAGUCUUACUGCUGAAACAUAAUGAGGCCUGUCAAAUGUGGAAAAACAAAAAACAAUUCCAACUUCGA